CUUCUUUAGGAAGCACUGUGGUUUUGACAAGAAGUGAUUCAUUUUAUAAACACCAGCAACGAAGUAAUGCCAGGGAAUGCUCCUAAAUAACACUAGAGUACUGUUAUUGAUCGUAAAUGUUGGGUAAUAUGCAUAACCAGCCAACUUCCGUCAUUGCUUAAUUUUCUAUAAACGUUAUCAUGCUAGCUAACGACGUACAAUGCAUUAACAUACUAGCUAAGAAGAGUUUGUAGUAACAUUAGCUAGCUUGACUGCAUCUGUGAAUUCUAAAAUCGGUGGCUAGGUAAUACCUACGUGUUUUAUUUAAUACUGUUGGACCGGUCUGCCGCCAUGGCUGAGCGUGGGGCACAUUUGACCACUGCAGCUGCAGAUGAUAGACCAUCCAUAUUCGAAGUUCUCGCGCAGGAGUCCCUGAUGGGUGCUGUGAGACCAGCUUUGCGCCACGCUGUGAAGGUACUGGCUGAGUCCAAUCCCUCACGCUACGGAUUCCUCCUGAGGAGAUUCGACGAGAUUUACGUCGUUCUCGACCUUUUGCUUCAGCACCAUUUUCUGUCACGGACAAGCGGUUCCUUCUCAGAGAACUUCUACAGCUUGAAGCGCGCCUCCUCUUCGGGAAGCGAGAAGCCCGCUCACUUGGGACUUGGAGGCAAAUCCCACUGGCGCUCGCUGCUUCUGCUGGCUCUCGUGCCGUACCUGCGGGCCAAACUGGAACAAGUGUUGGCGAAGCAGAGGGACGAGGAUGAAUUCUCCAUCCGUCUGCCACAGUCCCGCAUGCAGAGGAUGUACAGGGCUUUCCUGGCCGUGUACCCUUACGUCAGCAUGGCUUGGGACAGCUGGGUCUUCUGCCAACAGCUCUUAUACGUGUUUGGUCGCGCAAGGACACAUUCACCAUUUCUGUGGCUGGCUGGAGUCCAACUGGCUCACCUCACAGGACAUGACAUCAGGAACAUGGACCUCAAACCAGCAACACCAUCUGCAGGCGUUGGGUCAAGUAUCGGUGAUAGGCUACGGAAGCUGACGUCAACCGUGGUUGGAGGUGUGGCCGUGUCCCUCUCCUCAAGCCUCUCCAUGGGGGUGUUCUUCCUACAGUUCCUGGAGUGGUGGUAUUCCUCAGAGAACCAGAGCACCAUGAAGAGCUUGACCACCCUGCCCACGCCGCCCCCUCCCGUCCACCUGCAGGAUCAUGCAUCCAAACACAGCAAAGUGUGCCCGCUGUGUCGCAAGUGCCGCACCAACGACACGGUUCUCUCCACCUCCGGCUUUGUGUUUUGUUACCGUUGCAUCUAUGUCUACGUCAAGGCAAACAUGAGGUGUCCCAUGACUGGUUACCCCACUGAACUCCAGCAUCUCAUCAAGAUUUACUCUCCUGAGAGCUAGACAUGGGAAACGCAUCAGAGGGGGAUUCAAAAGAUGGCUGCCUUUCCAUUUCUUAGUAAUUGUGAUUGUAAAAGGUGAAAUCAGCAAGUGUUACAGAAAGCAGCAAGUGCCAUGUUAGUCAGCUGGUGUUCUCGUCUACCCAGACACAAGUAAUAAUACUGACUAAUUAUGCAAUUCUAAUUCUUUGUCCUCAGCACAUUGAUCAUGUAGUUUCGAUUUUUCUAUAAAACCGUGAAGAAACAAAGCAAUGUUUUGGACUUGUGGUACAGGGGAAGUUCUGCAGAAUAUUUUCCCACACUGUAGGAAACUGCCUCCAGUUCAAAUGUGAACAUUCAGUAUGUAGCCCUCGAGGAGGCCUAGCCAAACAACAAAUGGAGUUGGAUGUUUAUGAAGCCACGCAUACUUUAAGCGUGAGCUACCCAUGGAAGGACAAGUGGUUUUCAGAAUUAAACCUUUAUUUG